AUGGCCGCCUUUCAUAUGAAAAGAAAAUUUGAAGUGAGUGGAUUUAAGUGCGUAUUAAUAAUUUGUUACUGAUAUUAUUUUAUAUAUAUUUAAUUUUCUCUUUACAGAGCGGUACUAUAGUUGACUGGAUGCUGCAGAUUAUUUUAAAGAAAUAACUGCAGAAAAUGGAAAACGAGCUGCAACGCACAUCUGGUGCGUACAUGCGAAACUAAAAAGAGAAGCAGAACACGGAUUAUGCCACUUUAGGCAGAUGGAUAUUUGCAAGCUUAGGAGGAAAAAUUUAAACUUAAGCCGAAUACCAUUGGUGGCUACAAUGACAAGUCUGAAAGCACUAAUAAUGUUGAGGAUACAAUUUGGAAACAUGUACGUGGGAGAGCAUGCCUGCAUUGCCAUUGCACUUACGGGGCAUGAAUGUGGCGCUAUUGAAUGAAAGCAUCUACGUUUUGGGAGGUUAUGUGCACAAUGCAGCUGCGCCAUUGGACACUGUGUAUAGGUUAGACAAUAACGGCACAGAGUGGCAGCAGGUCGCCAAUUUGUUGAAACCACGUUUUGAAGCAAACGUCACGGUAUUUGAGGAUAAAAUAUACGUUUUUGGUGGCUUGUCAGCUGCAGGAACACCACUUGCCGAUUGUGAAUGCUAUGAUGCAGUUAGCAAUACUUGGACACAAUGUGCUGAUAUGCUGGAACCACGCGUUGACAAUAGCAAGGGGCCAAUUUUAUGCGUUAGGCGGUACAAACUGUGUUGGUGGCGUUUGUGUGCAAUCUUAUGAUCCAUUCAAAAAUGUGUGGACAAAGAUUUCUCAAAUGAAUAUUGAAUGUAGCAACACAUGUGGCUUAUAUCUAAACGAACGCAUUCUAGCCAUUGGCGGUCUGGCAAAUUCAAAUGAUAUUUAAUAGAGCUCUAAAAACAACAUUGAGGCGCCGAAGUUGUUCAUAUUGCUUCUGAUUUGAUUAAAGAGGCAUUAUUAGGCUGAUUUUACAAUUUAACAUUUUCAAAAUUGUGAUUGUUAACUUAUAAAUUUUGAACGUACACAAUAGCACUCAAUUUAUUAAUUUAGAUGUAAAAUAAUGUUAAAUUAGCAUCUAUAUACAACUGAAUGUACAAAUAUUUGUGACAAUCGCAAUAGUAGUGAAAUUUAAUUUGUAUUGUAU